AUGGGGAGCGACGACGAAGCGGGGCCCGCGGUUCCCACCCGCACGGCUGCUCCCUUGAAGCGCAAACCCUUCAAGCCAUUGCACCUACUCAACCCCGCUGGCCCCGCGCUGCCGCGACAGCCGCCGCUGCACCCGGCUCCUGGCUCCACCGCGAAUCCCCGCGCGCGAUUCAAUGCGCCCGCGCCGGCAGCCGCAGCGACGUGCAACGCGAAACGCGCGCCGGGCGCGGCGGCGGCGGAGGCGGCGGCGGACGAGACGCGGUACUACAGCGUGAUGUACUGCCCGCGCAAGCCGCACGCGAAGCGCAAGGGGCCGUGGUCGGACGGGCUGCUGAGCGUGAAGGGGCGCGCGUGCGCCGUGCAGAACAUGGACGCCAAGAUCGUCGCCAAGGCCUCCGUCAGCGGCUGCGCGAACCUGAAAGAGGGCUCCACGCUCGAGGUGGGCAAGUGGGAGGUGGAGGUGAUGCACGAGGUGCCGCGCGAGCAGUACCUCGCCGGCUCCUUCUUCAUCCCUGCCGCCGCCGCCGUUGCUGCUGCCGCUGCUGUCACAUCCGCCGCUGCCACGGGUCGAGCAGGCAGUGGUGUUGCUGGCAAGGGCAGGAAGCGGGCGGGCGAGAGCAGCAGUGGCAGGGCGGCUGGCAGCAGCGCGGAAGGGGUGCUGGCGAACAAGAGAGCUGCAAGCAAGGAGAGUCGUAUGAGACUUGGCAACGAGGAUGCGGUGUGUCUCAACCCCAACCAGCACGGCAAGGGAAUCUCGAAGAUCCACCUUGACCCGUACAUCGGUGCAAGGAUGCGCCCCCACCAGGUGGAGGGAGUGCGCUUCAUGCUCGAGGCCGUGCUGGAGGUGCGCACGCCCGGCUGCUCCGGAUGCGUGCUGGCAGAUGACAUGGGUGAGCUGGCAGAUGAAAUGGGUGAGCUGGCAGAUGGAAUGGUCAAGCUGGCAGAUGGAAUGGGCGAGCUGGCAGAUGGAAUGGGUGAGCUGGCAGAUGAAAUGGGUGAGCUGGCAGAUGGAAUGGGUGAGCUGGCAGAUGGAAUGGGUGAGCUGGCAGAUGAAAUGGGCCUUGGCAAGACCCUUCAAGUGAUAGCGCUCAUCUGGACUCUUCUCAAGCAGGUAGGUGUGCGUCUCUCUCGUCACGGCAUUGUGCUUGUGCUGCACCCCGCCUCUUCUACGCUGACUCCUUCUCUCCCUCGCCCCUUGCUCACCACUGUGAUGCAAGUUAUUCCCAUCCCUCUACUCCCCUGUCUGUUUUCCGGCGUCCCUUCCCCUCCGUCCCCCCUGCAGGGCCCCCAGGGUCGCCCCUUCCUGCGCAAGGCAGUGGUGGUGUGCCCGUCCUCGCUUGUUGACAACUGGGGCGCCGAGUUCCGCAAGUGGCUGGGCACGGAGCGGCUCAAGGCCAUGGUGGUGAACUCCAGCUUCACACCCACCGAGGUGAGGGGCAAGAUGGCGGACUUCAACCAUGCAGUGGUGUGGCCGGUGCUCAUAACCUCCUACGACCUGCUGCGCCGCCAUGCACUGCUCCUCGCUGCUGCCGCCCCUCAGCUCCUCGUGUGCGACGAGGGCCACCGCCUCAAGAACUGGUCAGCACAGGGUGGUGCAUGGGGGGUGGUGCGUGCAUGGGGGGAGGUGCAUGAUUGGGAGAGUGCGGGCAACAAAACCAUUUCGGCCCUGCACCAGCUGGGGUGCCCGCGCAAGGUGCUGCUGACGGGCACACCCAUGCAGAACGAUCUGAGUGAGUUCUUUGCAUUGCUGGAUCUGGUCAACCCGGGCUGCCUGGGCCCCCUGCCUGCCUUCCGCCGCAUCUUCGCCGACCCCAUUCAGAAGAGCCGCGACCGCAGCGCCACGGAGGAGGAGGUGCAGGUGGGGGAGGCGAGGUCACAGGAGCUGCAGGCCAAGGCAGCAGCCUUUGUGCUGCGCCGCACUGCUGCAGUCAAUGCCGCCUACCUGCCACCCAAAUCAGAGUACAUAGUGUUCUGUCGUCUGCACGCACAGCAGGCGCGCCAGUACUCUGACUUCCUGCGCUCCACCGUACGUGCCGUGCCUCGCCCCUUCCAUUCACCACUGCUCGCCACACUCAACAGCUCUGUCUUCCAAUUCGUGACACCACACCCUCUCGCCCCUUUUUUCUACCGCCAUCCCUUGCAGCACAUGUACUCUCCGCUUCUGUCCCUUCCCUCCCGGGUGCCUGCAUCUCUUCCACCUUCCACACCCCCCGCUCUCCCCCCCCCUUGUGCAUGGCAGCACGUGCGGUCGCUGCUGUACGCCAUGGCGCCCGGCACCACAGCCAGUGCGCUGACGGCCAUCUGCCACCUCAGGAAGCUCUGCCUGCACCCCGCCCUCGCUGCCGCCCCCACGCCCUCCUCCCCCCGCCCGCGCUCCCCCUCCCCUGCUGCCUCCACCUCCGCUGCUGGGGGAGAGGAAGGGGGAGACGAGGAGGGAUGGGCGGGGGACGAGGAGCAAGAGGAGGUGGCAGAGGAGGAGCAGGAGAAUGCAGACUGGGGAGCAGAUGGAGGGGAGGUGGGGGGAUGUGAGGGAGGCAUGGCAGGAGGGGUUGCAGCAAAUGAGGCAGCGCAGAAACGCAAUAUGUUCAGGCGCCCAUCCAUGCUCCCACAGGCGUCCCCAUCCGGACAGGUCGCGCCCCUGUCGCGCACAGCAGCAGUGGCGGCGUUUGCAGCGGCGCUCAAGGCGCUGGGCGCUGAUGCAUGGCGGCUGAGCGGCAAGCUGCACGUGCUGGCGCUGCUGGUGCAAGCCAUACUGGGAGGGGGCGCAGGGGCGGGUGGGGGCGAGGGCAGUGUGCAGUCGAGCAUCACGGAUGGCAGCAGUGAUGGCACGCGGGCGCACCACACUGCUACUGCUGCUGACGCUGGCAGUGGGGAUAAAGUGGUGAUCGUGUCAAACUUCACACGGGCACUGGAUGUGAUCGAGGUGAGUGAGUGGUACAUGUGUGGAAAGCAGCUACGGGGCAUGCAGGCAAGUGCCAUGCAGGGGUCUCUCGCUGAGAGGCACCACACACUCUCAGCCGCACCAGCCGCCUUGCAAUCAUGUGCGUCCAUACACUGCUGCCUUCCCUCACAACAUCUCAUACCGCUGCCCUCCCACCACCCCACGGCACUGCGCCAGGCCAUGUGUGAGUCGCACGGGUGGAAGACUACUCGCCUGGACGGCAGCACAGAGGCAGUGGCACGGCAGGCGCUGGUGUGUGCGUUCAACACGGGGCGCGACGGCAGCUGCUGCUUCCUGCUGUCGUCCAAGGCGGGCGGGGCGGGGCUGAACCUGGUGGGCGCGAACCGCCUGGUGCUCUUCGACCCCGACUGGAACCCCGCCAACGACCACCAGGCCAUGGCGCGCGUGUGGAGGGAUGGACAGAGCAAGCCAGUGGUGAUCUACCGCAUGCUCGCCACGGGCAGCAUCGAGGAGAAGAUCUUCCAGCGCCAGCUCAUGAAGGGCGAGGUGGCCAGCGCUGUGGGCGAUGGGAGCGCACCGCCGGGCAACAGCAGUGGCGCCAGGGGGGGCGGUGGCAGUGGCAGCAACAAGGGUGGGGCGGGGCACUUCACCAAGGAAGAGCUGCGCGAGCUGUUCACCCUGGAGCAGGCCACUGCAUGUGACACGCUGGACCUGCUACUUCGCUCCAACUCCCCUCUUUCCGCCAAAUGGCUUUCUGCUGCCGCCACCAGCUCUGCUGCACCUGCUGCGAGCACCAUUUCUGGCUCCUCUAGCGUCAGUUCUUUCGCUGCCGGGGCAGAUACAGGCGGUGGGAGGGGCGGGUUGGCAGCACGCAUUGCAGAUGGGCCGCUGAGGGAAGUGGUGGGCAUGUGUGAGGGGGUGACGUUCGUGUACCAUGAGUCCACUGGCUCCCCUGGCAGCACAGAGACUCCUGUACAAGGUGCUCUUGCUCGGGGCACGGGGCUGGCAGGCCCGGGAGGAGCUCAGCACAACAGGCAAGCAGCAGGAGGAAGCAAAGAGGAAGAGGAAUGUGAGGAGGAGGAGCAUGCAGUGUUGAGAGGAGCUGCUGCUGCUGGUGUGGAGAGAGGCAGGAGCACGGAGAGGCGAGUAGAAGAGCAGGGAAGUGAUGGCAGAGGAAGUGGGCCGGCUGUGGAGUUGCUGACCUUCGAUGCACUUGACGGUGUAUCCGAUGACGUCAUGGACUUGUUUGGCUCCGAUGUCUUCUGA